AGUAGUAGUUAGUUAAAGAGAGAAAAAAAAGAAAAGGAAAGAGAAGAAGAAAAAAGAUGGGGAAGAUAGUGGAGAAGACUAACAAUUACAACACCCAGAAGAAGAAGAAGGGCCGUCUCUCUCUCUUACAUCGUCAAAAACAAAACCAGAACACCGCCAAAUCAGCCCUUCAUUCUUCACAUAAUUACAACUCUGCCACUCCUCCUCCAUCUCUCCGUCGAUCCACUCGCCACAGCCCGACUACACCGCCACAGACCAGUUCCUCCUCUGCCGAAAGCGAACGCCGCGAGGACGAGGAGGAGGAGGAGGAGUCUGAGGAAGAUGUUGAAUUGAAAAAUGGGAAACGACGUCGUGAGAAGAAGCUUAAGCUCGUAGUCAAAUUGCUUCCUCCAAAAUCGGAGGUCGACAAUGAUGACGAUGAUGAUGGUAAUUCGGAGGAUAAUACGGUGUCGGAUUAUAGAAAGAGGGAAAUUAAUUCCGUCGCGGAUGGAUCUGUCACUAAAAAGGAAGAUAAUGAGAGUGUUUCAGCUGCCAAUCCAACAAAUAAUGUACAAGACUCGGGAUCGUCGACUCCUUUACCUGAUAAAAAGCUAUUAGUACUCAUUCUUGAUAGACUUCAAAAGAAGGACGCAUAUGGUGUAUACUCUGAACCUGUAGACCCAGAAGAGCUUCCAGAUUACUUUGAAGUUAUUGAACAACCUAUGGAUUUUGGGACUGUUAGGAAGAAACUUUCCAGUGGUGCUUAUGGAAACUUGGAACAAUUUGAGAAAGAUGUCCACUUGAUAAGUUCCAACGCAAUGCAGUAUAAUGCCCCAGAUACCAUAUACUUUAGACAGGCACGAACUAUACAAGAGUUGGCGAAAAGGAAUUUUGAAAAUCUUAGGCAAAACAGAGAUGAUAAUGAACCAGAACCUACAGUAGUGAGGAGAGGUAGACCACCAACCAAGAAUUUGAAAAAACCACUUGGCAGGCCUCCACUGGAUCGUGCUGGUUCAGAGUAUUCGUUGGAUGCAACUCUUGCUACUGGGGGAGAGAGCGCUAUUGAUCUUAGAAAAGGGCAUCAUGUUUCAGACAAGUAUGUCUUUCCAGAUUCAUCAGGACGAUCUCAUGGUCCUCGCAAUGAUGAGAGGAAUGACGAAGGUACAGGUUCUAUGGUAAAGGGUAAUUCUGUGGAGUUUGGGAAAAGGCAAGUUGUAGUUGAUGAGAGCAGGCGUAACACAUACAAGCUACUGUCAGCUGGUGGACGAGAGCCAUCUGUGCUGACUACAUUUGAUUCAGAGAGAAAGCAGCUAAUGGCUGUAGGACUUCUCACAGAGUAUGGUUAUGCAUGGAGCUUAGCUCGCUUUGCUGCGAAAGUUGGCACUGUUGCUUGGCAAAUUGCUUCAAACAGGAUAGAGAGGUCUUUGCCACCUGAGUUAAAAUUUGGGCCUGGAUGGGUUGGAGAAAAUGACAUUCCACCUCAGAGGGCAUUGCUUCUUUCUUCGAACUCCCCAGGUCUACCAUCACCAUCUUCUCCUGUAAAUAUGGGUGCUACAUCUUCCAUUGUCGAAUCAAAAGAAAAACUGUCACUAAAGCCUGAAAAUAACAUGACACAGAAUAUUAAAUCUGAACGUCUAGCAGAAAGAGCAGAAGCACUUGGCGGAUUAAACUCUCAUGGUGGUUCUAAUGUGGUGAACAGCAGUGCUAGUAUCAGGCGAAGGCUUUCCGCUCAGAUCCGUCCUGGAAUUAACGGUUUCAACAACAUUCCAUCAGCUCAGAUGAUUGACAGAAUCUCUAAAACUAGUACUAACUUUGUCCAUCCACCGACAGCAAACACCCUAACCUCGGAAGAUAUCAAGCUCUCAGAGCCCUCCAGUGGUGCACAACCCAAUGGUAGGAAUGAGGAAAUGGAAGUUGUAAGACCAUUCCGGCCAGGAUCAUCACCACAGCCAAAAUCGGUUUCAGGUUUGUCGCCACAGCAAGUCCUACCUGACCUGAAUGCACUAUCACAGUCUCCAGGUUCUCCUAGUGUUAGAUAAAUAUGUGAAGAUAAUAAUCUGCUCCAAGGCAUGUAUCUAUUGCCACUAUCCUAAAGCUAUUAUUUAACUUUAGGAUACAAUGAAGCGCUUAGAAAAUAUUUGCAGAAGUGUACAAGUGUUGUGAAUUAAUUUCUGCAGAAAUCCGGUAAAAAUAUUCUGCAGAAAACUAACUCAUAUAUUUUUAUAGGGCUAAAAUAGUUAUCAUUGACUUCCACAUCUCUGCAGUUAGAUGUAUCAUGUCCGAUUGCUUGUAACCUCAAUAUAUAAAUAUAACUUUUAUCUGAUA